AAUUUGUAAGUUUCUUUGAAUGUAAUAGUAUUGGCAUGUCCUCUUUCUUCCUCUACUUCUGAACGAGCCGACUCUGCAUAAUCUCAGUGUUCACACAAGACUGCUAGAAGACUAUUACUUGCACAACUAAUGUUGACUGAUGUUUAUCUUCCCCCUCUCUUGUUCAACAUACAGUUGAAGGUUUCAAGCUCGCAUCGUGCACUGAUGUCAACAUUUUAAGCACAUCUUCAUUGGCACGAAAUAGAACUACUUUGCUGUUAAAGAAGAAAACUCCUGUUCAUGUUUUUCUUUUAGAAAACAAUGUAACGUAAUGGCUGAAGGAGGUCCACAUCCGUGCUCAAACUCCUGAGAAAACGUCCUUGGACUUUAUCGGGCGUAGGCCUUGUCAUAAAAACAUCGCCCCGACGUUACGUAUCAUAACACUCGCUGCCCAGAGGAUCGGAAGAACUAUGAGCCAAAUUUCGGUGGAAACUGUGACCAGCAGCACGAUCCUAGGAGAAGGGCCGCAUUGGGAUAGCACUGAAAAUGUUCUUUAUUAUGUGGAUAUCAUAGCCAAGGAGGUUCGCAAGUACGACCCUGCCACAAAGCGAGAAACCAUCGCGAAACUGGAUGGUGAUACAGUUUCGUUCAUUAUACCUGUGGAAGGCAAACAUAAUGAAUUCCUCAUCGGACACGGACACCACGUAUGUCUUAUGACAUGGAAUGGCGAGAGCGACAAACCGCAAAAAAUUGAGAAACUCGUCGCUGUUGAUGAGGAAGACUACAAUGCAACAAAUUCACUGAAUGACGGAAAAGCAGAUGCGUCCGGUCGCCUGUGGGCUGGCACACUAGGUGAUUUAGAUUCAUUCAGUAAAGGUCCUAAGGGAUCUCUUUACAGUUUUCCAAAAAUUAGAAAUGCCAGUAAACACGUGGGAGAAAUAACGUGUAGCAAUGGUUUAGCAUGGUCACGAGACAAUAAAGUAUUUUAUUACAUAGACACUUGGACUCAUAAAGUAGAUGCUUUUGACUUUGAUAUAAAAAAUGGAGUGAUUUCAAACAGACGAACAGUAUUUGAUUUUUCGGCAAAUGGAAUUAAAGGUCUGCCAGAUGGCAUGACUAUAGACACUAAUGAUAAACUUUGGGUAGCAUGUUUUUCUGGGAGUCAGGUUAUUCAAAUUGACCCGGAAAAUGGAAAAGUGCUUCGGUCAAUUCCGAUUCCAAGUCCACAAGUAACAUCUGUGGCUUUUGGAGGACCAAAUUUAGACGAACUGUAUGUGACAUCUGGAGCAAUGAAUAUGACGCCUGAGGAGAAAGCAAAAUAUCCUUUUGCUGGUUGCACCUACCUCAUUAAAGGCAUUGAUGCAAAAGGCCUUCCUAUGAAUUCUGUUAAGCUUUAAUUUCAUGGGGGUCAUUAUAUAUUACUAUAAGUAACAUUGUAUGUAACAUUACAUAAUAUUCAUUACAUGUAUGUAACAUCAGAUUAAGUGUAAUAUACUUAAAGAAUAUAUUAUUAUUAUUAU